AUGACUCUGCCGUCGCCAUCGAGAGUGGCGACCAUACACUCCGCGACCGACGGCGAGUAUACAGACUGGGCGGCACGGCCACGACGCCAGACAAACCCAGACGUCGUCCGUCGGCCAUCCGUGUUGCUUCGCCAGGCGACACGACGCAGCGCUGAUGUCUCAGGCAAUAACAGCAGCAGCAGUGCCAGUGUCAGUGCCAGUGCCAGUACCAGCCCGCAGUCGCCAGCAGUCGAAAGACCCCGGACUAGCGGCCAUGCCUCGUCGGCGGCCUCCAGCUCCACCGUCACCCCUAUCAAGCGCAACUCUGUGCCCUCACAUCGGUCGUCGCUCAGCGUGAGCGCUCUGUCGAACCCUGCCCUGGCCGAAAUCCCCUCGCGGAAAUACAACGCCUUGCGACUGUCGACGGGGUCUGCCGAGGGGACGUCUCCGGCUGUGGACAGCAACAACAAUAACAAUAACAUUAACAUUAACACUCAUGCUGGAAACGUGCAAUGCGCUCCGCCGCGUGACAUGCCACCCCUUGCCGACAGCAUCGUCACCCCGCGAGGGGCUGCCAACCAUGCAUCUGCCACGAGGACCUCGCCUGUAUCGCCCUCGCCCCAACUGAAUUCUUUCUACUCGGACCGCAGUCGAUCCAAUUCAGAAGUCCCGCCGCCCUCGUCAAGGAGAGCUCCCACAUCGCGCCCCAGUCUUAGCACUGACAGCUCACCGAGACCCCAAACAGCCGGCAACGUUCAAGCCCAGGACCGGCUUGUUCGACCAUAUUCCAAGCCGCCGCCGACGAGUCCAGAACACAAGUACAACUCGCCCAGCAUCGAUGCCGUCCUGAGACGCGAUUCCCUCUCGAGAAAGGCUGAAUCGCCGGCCGACCCUGUGUCGCCUGUGCGACGCCGAGGGUCAACACCGCUGUCUCCCCGCAGCAAUACUGCGAAGACAAGAAUGGCCCUUUCCACUCUAAACGAUCCUUACCGCACGGUCAAGGCAGUCGACGAGCAACCCGGGGACGACGUCAAAGACUCGAGCACCGACGACAGCCGCUCCCGAAGUGACGACGUAUUUUUUAAUAUCGCUAAAUCAAGCGUUUCGAGCCGACGAGAUUCGCUCGGAAAGUUGGAUCGGAGACGAAAAUUGGGCCUCUCAACUCGAACCUCUCUUGCAGCAGAGCAAACCCCUUCUCCCGAGCAAUUGAAAUACCAGAGCAGCCCGCUGUUCUUGCCAGACGGAUCUCCGUACUUUUCAUCCACCUUGUCUACGCCUCAACUCGAUGAAGGUUCCCGCUCCCGCUAUUCGCAGGCAGGUUCUGCUUCCAGAUCCGUGGUUGGCGUACCGCGGAGCCGGUAUAAUCGCGAAACCUCCCCUGAACUGCCUCAACCAUAUUCCGACGUUAGAUCCACCAUUACCGAUGCACGUUAUAGACACUCUAACCUUACUAACCUAUCUUCACGAACUCUGCGGCAACCAUCCACUUCAGAUAGUGCAGAAAGAGUGUCCACGGAGACAGAAAAAGUCCGAACAGAUGGCACUACGGAAUCAAGCCUGUCUACGACCGCCCCAUCGACGGUGUGGGAUGAAUUGGAUGAUCUCAAAUCAAGGAUAAGAAAGCUAGAAUUGACCGGCAAAUUUCCGUCUUCAUCGGCUGCUGCUAUGUCCAACGUUUCUGCCGAACGGCCUCGAACGGCCGCCACGACUGCCACAACCCUAUCUUCAUCGCCGAAGCAAAAACAUGUUCGCAGAACCAGUGUAUCGCUAGACACGGGUACUCCUGCAACCCCAAAUCCUAUACAAACACUUUUGCAUUCGGCUUUGGCAAAGGCGAAGACUUCUGUCGGAAAUGAAGUGUAUGGUAUGUUGGAGACAACCGCCACAGAUGCUUUGACUUUGGCCAACAUGCUAACGUCAACGACGACAUCGACUCCAUCUGGCGCGGUAUCAAGUGUGAAUGGAAGUGGAAUAAUGAAUGGGAUGACCGAACGCCAGGCUAGGCGUAAAGCAGACAGUUUAUGUCGCAGCUUGACUGAACUUUGUCUCGCAUUAUCAGAGGAGCAAACGAUUUCCCAACAGAAAAGCCAAUAUCAAUCGCAGGAUCAGACACGACCAGGCAGUCAGGGAAGGCUGAAUCGGCCGAAUGCAAUCGAUAAUGGUGACGCUGUAUCUACCGCCAGCACCCGAUAUCGCCGAAGUAUGAGCCAUGAACCGGAAGCCUUCGAUCAGCAAGACUCCGCUUCGCGAGCGUCAGGUCGAACGGAGACUCGCCGCGCAAAUACGAUAAACUUCGGAGUAUCCGGGCGCAGGGGUCGAUUCUCUCAGGACGAACAAGCCUUGCCACAGACUCCAUCUCUGACAGCACCUCUUGCUCGCCUUCACCGUCUGUCUGGUUCACAACGGUUGAAGCGGGAAGAUGACUCUGACGACCGAAGCUCUGUGUUCAGUCGUACAUUGUCUUCGCGUGCAAUGACAGAAGUUGGAGGCCCUUCAUCUAGUCGUCUCUCGAAUGCGCGGGAGCGUGUCUCUCGCGAAUAUACCAACGAAUCACCCUCCACGCGACUCUCCACCUCCUACCAACAGGGACCAUCUCAACUCAAAUCAUCGCCUUCUGUACAAAGCACUAUUCCGCAGCGUCGUAGCUACGCCACACCCCCUACCUCUGCAAUUCCAACAGCAUCCGGAGCAAAUAUCCAGCCCGGAUUUCGCAGAUAUGGCGCGUCACCCACAGUUGCCCCAGAUCGCAACACCUCCGACAGUCCAUCGCAGAUAAACGAUUCUCCCCAGACAGUACCACAGACACGUAUAACAAGCUCUUCCAUUAAGAUGGCCUCGAGUUACACUGCCAUCCAGCCACGAGUGCGCACCGAGAGCCUGCGCACCGAGAGCCUCGGCACCCGCCGCCUUGGACUUCGUUUACGACCAUCAGUCAUCGGCAAAGACAACGACCAGUAG